UUCACGCUGAUCUGGACUUUCCGGGAACCCGUAGUUACGUCACCUUAUGGAAAUUGUCCGAGUGGCAAGAUGGCUACCGAACCAAAUAAGACCGAAAUCCUUACCAUUUUCAAGCGAUUAAGAUCGAUCCCGACUAAUAAGGCAUGUUUCGACUGCGCGGCCAAGAACCCGUCCUGGGCCAGUAUCCCGUACGGAGUGUUCCUCUGCAUCGACUGCUCCGGGAUCCACCGCUCUCUGGGCGUUCACCUCAGCUUCAUCAGAUCAACGGAGUUAGAUUCCAACUGGAACUGGUUUCAGCUCAGGUGUAUGCAGGUGGGAGGCAACGCCAAUGCAACGGCGUUUUUCCGUCAACACGGCUGCACCACGAACGACACCAACGCGAAGUACAACAGCCGAGCGGCGCAGAUGUACCGUGAGAAGAUCCGGCAGCUCGCCAACGCCGCCCUGUCCAAGUACGGGACAGACCUGUGGAUCGACUCUUCGUCUGGAGCCAACACUCCCGCUGGCGAGAAGAAAGAGACAGACUUCUUCGCAGAACAUACACAGGUUUCUAACGACUGGAACAUGCUGUCUCCCACUGAACCAGAGCAGAACGGUUCCUCUGUCACUUCACCACAGACCGACUCCAACCCAAAACUCCAGGAAGAUGCUCAGCCAGAGGAGGGGCCAAGCAUUGAUGGGCUGAGCACGUCUCCUAAAGCUGCUAUUGACUCGUCCAUGCGUUUGUCAUCAGGCCUUACCCCAGCGCCUCCGGACGUCAAACCUUCAAUCAUCGGAAAGAAGAAGCCCAUGGCGGCCAAGAAAGGGCUGGGAGCAAAGAAGGGCCUGGGCGCUCAGAAGGUGAGCAGUAAGAGCUUCUCUGAGGUGGAGAAACAGGCUCAAGUCGCGGAGAAACUGAGAGAAGAGCAGGUGGCAGAGGCCAAGAAACAGGCCGAGGAAUCCAUUGUGGCCUCAAUGCGGUUGGCCUAUAAAGAGCUGGAGAUCGACAGAAAAGUGGAAGAAAAGAAAUUUCAGAAUUUGGAGGGAAAGAAGAGGGAGCAGGCGGAGAGACUCGGGAUGGGCUUCGGAAACAGGAGUGCCGUGUCCCACUCGGUGAUGUCGGAGAUGCAGAUGAUUGAACAGGAGAGUCCCAUCGGAGCAAAGACCUCAUCCAGAUCUAAGCUGGACCUGUUUGAUGAGCCCGGGUUCACCUCUGGACCUCCAAAGUAUAAGGAUAACCCAUUCACGAUGGGCGAGAGUUUUGGCUCCAGGUGGGAAAGUGACACAGGAAGUGGAUCUUUCACUGCUUCCUGGGCCUUAGACAAAGAGGAGCCCAAAGAGGAAAUCACCAUCUCCAGUAUCCAGCCAAUCGGGGAGAGAUUGCCCAGCAGGAGGAAAGCUGAAGCUCCAGCUCCCGUCUCCGAGUCGAACGAGGCUCGACAGAAGUUUGCCAACGCCAAGGCCAUUUCCUCCGACAUGUUCUUCGGACGAGAGAGCAGCGCCGAGUACGAUGCAAAGACGAGGCUGGAGACGAUGUCUGGGAGCUCGGCCAUCAGUUCUGCAGAUUUGUUUGGAGACGGCAGCAAAGCGCGGUCCUCGGCCGGUCUGGACAGUGUUCUGCCCUCGGGUCCUGACAUCACUCAGUUCAAACAGGGAGUGAAGAGCGUCGCAGGAAAGAUGGCUGUCCUCGCCAACGGAGUCAUGAACACCAUCCAGGAUCGUUACGGCUCAUAUUGAUUUUCCGCUCCCAUUGGAUAAACCCGAGCGUGUGGACCUGCCCAGCCUCUUCACCUGGAUCCAGUCGCACGAGACCAGAUCCGGACCCAAACAGUUUUCAAGGAUUUUGCAUGAAGAAAGCUCCGUCUUUCUAAAAACUACCAUGACUUUUGGAGACAUUUUGACACGAACCAGUAUUCUCAUUAUUACUGCUUUUACUUUUUAUUAUUUUCGUACCAGCGACUUCAGAGGCUGUGUAGAUUUUUUUGGUAAUUUACAUUGAGAAUAUUUUGGUCUUAGAGUUUCAAUAAUAGCUUCUUUAUUUUAUUCUAAAUCAACGUGUUGUUUUUGGUAUAUUAUGUUUUGAUCAUGUCAGAGCACGUGCAUCUAAAAAUGUCAAUAUUGUGAAACGUAUUUAUUAUCAGAUAUUUAGGAUUUGGUGCAUAUUUUCGUGCGAAACUCAAAUUUAUUAAACCAUUUAGUGUUUUAAUAAGCUAUAAGAUCAAAUAAAACCCAAAUUAACUCAGAAUAUUGACAAAAAACGCUAAAUUUAAAGAGGGGGUAUUAUGCAAAAGUGUUUCCUCAUUGAAAACAUGUCUGAAGAGAUCCAUGUUUGCGUAAUCUAGCGAUCUCUCUCGGGCCCUGUUCAAACCCUUUUUAAGCGGUAAGAUUUUGUACGAGGCUCCGCCCACAAGCCUACGUCACUCAUGCUUCCACACAACAAUUCUCCAGAAAUAAACAAAAACAUGGUUCAAAACUGUACACUACACAGGGUUCCCACGGUCAUGGAAAUCCUGGAAAAGUCAUGGAAAUUGAAAACGUAGUUUCCAUGCCCGGAAAAGUUUAGUAUCUCUUUUACACAACUGCAGCGUUCAGUUAAGUUCAUCAUUAGACUCAUUAGAAUAUUAUGAUUAUGGUAACACUUUAUUUUAGGGUGCACUUAUUAACAUCCAACUAUGCACUAAUUAACUUACCGUAUUUUCCGCACUAUAGGGCUCUCUGGAUUAUAAGACGCACUGUCAUUGAAUGGUCCAUUUUCAAACUUUUUUCACAUAUAAACCGCACCGGACUAUAAGGCGCAUUAAACGAAACACAACAGUUCAAUAAGUCAGUCAAACUUUAUUUAACGUGUUCACAAUAACUUUCAACUUUGUUCAGUUGUAACAUGUAAAAAAAAAAAAUACUGUCUGAGACGCUAAAUUGUUACAGUAUUCACAAUAACUCAUAAUUGUUCAAACAGUUGGGCGAUUACGGCGUCCAGCACGCCCACAUCCCUCUCGUCAUUAUCCGAGUCAGUGUGGUUACUGUUCCCUGGAGUUCAGUUCAGUGAUGAUUCUGGUCUUGGUGAAAGCUCAGACCACAGUUGAUACCUGAUCUUUAGCCCGGGCGUCCAUGAUCCUUUGACAGAUCGUGGCGUAAGUCGCUCUGCGCUGUCUCUCUGUCUUGGUGAAUGUGUGUUCGUCUUCUCUCAUCCACUGCUCCCACGCAGCUCGCACUUUCACUUUAUUAUAGUCUUGAGUUUAAAGUGGGCGUUGUCAGCAUGUCUCUUGACAGGUGCAUUUUGAUAUUAAAAGGAAUCACAGUCUGUAUUACUCCUGAUGCUCCUGACUACGGGAGUUGUAAUACUGCAAGUGGUGUGGCUUUGUAGUUUACUAAAGUCAUACUAAAACACCCCAAUAAAUUCAUAUAUAAGGCGCUCUGGAUUAUAAGGCGCGCAGUCCUUUUUUGAUUAAAUUAAAGGCUUUUAAGUGCGCUCUAUAGUGCAGAAAAUACAGUAGUGUUAAAUGGUUAAUUUGUCAUUAAUUAGUAUUUAUUCAGUCCUUAUUAAUGUCCAAUUCCCCACAAGAUUAUUUUGUUAUUAGUUAGACAUUUACAGACACUUUCCUAUUAAUAUACUCCUUAGUACUUCUUAAUAAUAUGAAUAGGCCAUUUUUGUCCAUGAAUUAUGAUUCUGAUUUUUGCUUUUGGCACAAACAAGUAAAAACUAAAUUUCUUGUGCUACUAGUGCAUAACAACACGCUUAUUACCAAAUUAGAGUCAUAAUUCAUGGACAUAAAUUACCUAGUAUUAUGUUAAUAAGCAGAAAUAAGGAGUGUAUUAAUAGGAAAAUGUUUGUAAACAUCUAACUAAUAACAGAAUAAGUUUAUGGGGAAUUGGCCAUUAAUAAGGACUGAAUAAAUACUAAUGAAUGACAAUAAACCAUUGACAGCUGUGCUAAAUAGCAGGUAGUUAGAUAAAAUAAAGUGUUACCAUGAUUAUUUCUGAAUGUCUGCACCUUUUGUUUAAAAAGAGACGACAAUAAAUGCACUGACAGGAUUUUGAAUGUUAAAAAAAUAUAAUCCCAAACCAUAAGGUGAGUGGAAAGGGUUAACAUUUCAUAUUUAGCCCUAAAAGUCUGAGCAAUUCUACACACAAUUCUUAGAAAAUUCACUUUACAUCAUGAAAAAGUCAUGGAGAAGUUUUGAGAUUUUGUCAGUGAAUAAAAGUGGGAUCCCUGACUACAACUUCACAAACCUGAGGCGAUGUGCAGUAGUUUCAUUAACGGGACGCGCCCUGAUUGUGUUGUGAUAGCGCUCUGAAGGGGUAGAGAUUUAGCGCAGAGAGCAAAGGCAGUGGGGAGUCAAAAAGCGUCAAAAACAAAAGCAAAAUUUACUGUAUUAAACAUAUUUUUGUCAAAUACUGUACAGCGUUUUCUAAACAAUAAAAGGAAACGCGGUGAUCUAAAAAUGUUACCCCCUCUUUAACUAUUCUCCACUUUAUUAUUAUUGGAUCUAGAGAAUUAAAACUUUCGGAAAUUUUAACAUUGCCAAACGUAUUUAAUCACAAUAUUCAUGUUUUUGAGAUGUGCAUUUUAUUCAUUGUUCUGUUAAAAUUUUAAGUAUAUUUUAAUAUCAUUUGAACAGUUUAAUUUGCAGUCAGUGUUCGGAGCACUAGUCUCGCUCCAGUGGUUUGUUUUCAUGUUUUUAUUCAGAAAAGCACUGAGAUCAUUUCAAAUAAAACUCAUAAAUAUACUGGCCACUUUAUUAGGUACACCUCAACUCAUUCUUUUUGUUUUAGGUAAAUGGUUCAACUUUCUGAGACUCACUACAAGGAAAAUAUUUAAUGAGUUUUUUGUAAAUUUUUCUUUCAAAUACAAGGAUUCUUUAAGUUUUAACCAACUAGAGAACGUAAGAACUAUCCCAGAUCUGAAACAAGCCUAAACCACGGCUAAACCAGGACUUAACCUGGACUAAAUUAGGAAUAGUUAUAAGGAAAUGACCAAAUCAAGUCUAAUCCAGGACUAAAUCAGGUCCAAACCAAGGACAGAACCAAAACAAGUUUAAACCAAGGACUAAACCAAGGAAUAAACCAGGAAUAAACUAGGAAUAAACUAGGAAUAAACCUGGAAUAAUACAAGAAAAUAAGCUAAUCAAGUUUAAACCAGGACUAAAUCCAAUCCAAAACAAGUCUAAACCCAGGACUAAACCCAGGACUAAACCAGGAAUAGUUAUAAGGAAAUACCCAAAUCAAGCGUAAACCAGGACUAAACUAGGACUAAAUCAUAUCCAAACUAGGAACAAUUUUAAGAAAAGAACCAAAACAAGUCUAAACCAGGACUAAAUCAGAUCCAAACCAAGAAAAGAACCGAAACAGGUCUAAACCAGGGACAAAACCAGGACUAAAUCAGAUCCAAACUAGGAACAAUUAUUAGAAAAGAACUGAAACAAGUCUAAACCAAGAACUAAACUUUUUGAGUCUCUCCAACAAAGACUGUUUCAGAACAACUGGUACAAGGAAACAAAUACUUCUGACAGUGUUGAAAAUCAGACACUAAUCGAUUCUAAAACCAGUAUCCAAAUUAGAUCCUCAUGUGAGCAGGUAUCGAUAAUAAAAAAAAAGUCCCAGAAUAGCUUUAGAAUGAUCUUGAGCUGUAUUAGAAUAUGUAUAAGAGCACAGAAACUAUCCUUCUAAUGUUGAAAAUCACAUUCUACUGUUUAAAUAAAGUGUGUUUUUUAUUAUUAUCAUGGUAUCGGAAUCAGUAUCGAGUCUGGUCCUUAGUAUCGAAAUCUAGUUUGACAUUUUAAAACAUUAACGUUUAUAUGGAUAAGAACUGACCAUGCUUCUCUCUGAUUGGCUCAUCCACCUGUCAAUCACGCCCAUAUGUAAUCUUGAGUGGCCAGGAAAAGCAAAUUUAACCUUUUAUAACACUUAAAAAAAAAAAUCUAAAACUACAAAAUUGGUUUAAUCGUGAUUUUAAGACAUUGUUUUCUGUUAUUGGGUACAUCGUGGCAUUUCAGAAAGUCGAAUCAAAUCAUUUUUACGUUAUUAUUUAAGUCUUUUAAUACAGAAUAAAUGAUCCAAAAGGAAGUGAGACAAUAGGAACUUGUCUGUACCUAAUAUUGUGGCCAUUUUAUUUGAGUCCUGUAGCUCAUAAAUGUCAUAAACGUCAUAAAUCACUCUGCGUCUGUUUUAACAGGGUUGAGUUUCAGUUUGCCUCAGUGUCGUCUCUCUCUCUCUCUCUCGUGCCGCACUGCGUUUUUAUUUAGUUUAGAAACAUUUUUAAAUUAGUUUUUUGUAAAGUUGGUCUUUCAAAUAGAGGGAUUUUUUCACUUUAACCAACUAGAAAAUCUAAACUAGGUCUAAUCCAGGACUAAGACAGGACUAUACCCAGAUCUAAACCAAGGUCUAAACCAGGACUAAACCAGGUCUAAACCGAGGUCUAAACCGAGGUCUAAACCGAGGUCUAAACCAGGUCUAAAACCAGGUCUAAACCAAGGUCUAAACCAGGUCUAAACCAGGACUAAACUGGGUCCAAACCGGGUCCAAACCAAGGUCUAAACCAGGUCCAAACCAAGGUCUAAACUAGGUCUAAACCAGGUCUAAACCAAGGUCUAAACCAAGGUCUAAACCAGGGUCUAAACCAGGUCUAAACCAAGGUCUAAACCAAGGUCUAAACCAGGUCUAAACCAGGAAUAAACCAGGAAUAAACCAGGUCUACACCAGGUCUAAACUAGGUCUAAACCAGGACUAAACCGAGGUCUAAACCGAGGUCUAAACCAGGACUAAACCAAGGUCUAAACCAGGACUAAAUUAGAACCAAAUCAGAUCCAAACCAGGAAUGGACCAGGACUAAACCAGGUCUAUUGCAAUUUUUUGGACUUUAACCCAGACAUGAAAUCUGGAUUAAAAGGACUAAAGCAGGACUAAAAAACAGUUUAAAACUAGAUCUCAACCAGGACUAAACUAUGUCUAAACCAGGACUAACCCAAGUUUCAAACUAGACCUUAAACUGAACCAGGACUAAACCAGGUUUAUUACAACUUUAAUCAAAUUUGGACUUGCUUAACAGCCAUAGAUUAGAAAAUAAAUAUGGCUCUAAAAGGACUAAACCAGGACUAAAACCCAUUUAAAACCAGAUCUGGACUUGGACUAACCCAGUUCUCAACCAGAAUUAGACCAGGACUAAACCAGUUUCACCACAGUCAAAAUACCAGACUUGGUCUUAUGAGAUUUAAGGUCUAAAUAAGGACUAAGCAAGAUCUAAAACUAGUUGAAAACCAGAUCUGGACCAGGACUGAGCCAGAUCUCAACCAGGUUUUAUGAAAGACUAAAUUUGAACCUUGGACUUUUCUUAGUCUCACUGAAACCAGAACUAAACCAGGUCUUUUGGAAGUUUAAUCAAAUUUGGACAAACACAAAUCUGCCAUCGAUAGUCCAAACUUCGUCUUGCAAGAUUUAAGCUCUAAAUGAAAACUAAACAAGGUGUAAAACUAGUUGAAAACCAGAACUGGACCAGAACUCAACCAGGUUUUAUGAAAGGCUAAAUUUGGACCCAUACACUACUGUAGAAUAUGUUGAAAAUCAGUCUAGCCCUGGUCUUAAAUCGUUUUUAAACUUUGGUUAGUCUUGCUGAAACCAGAUCUCAGCCAGGAUUAGACCAGGACUAAACCAGAACUCAACCAGGUUUUAAGAAAGGCUAAAUUUGGACCUUAGACUUUUCUUAGUCUCACUGAAACCAGAACUAAACCCGGUCUAUUCCAGGUUUGACCAACUUCUUGCCAAAAGUACAAAGCUUGGACCUUAUCUGGAUCUGUAGUCUUGUAUUUAAAAAGUACUAAACAAGAACUAAACCAGGACUAAACCAGGACUUUUGGAAGUUUUAUCAAAUUUGGACAAACACAAAUCUGCCAGCGAUAGUCCAAGUAUCAAGUAUGGACUUAAAAGGACUAAACCAGGACUAAAACCCAUUUAAAACCAGAUCUGGAUUUGGACUAACCCAGUUCUCAACCAGAAUUAGACCAGGACUAAACCAGGACUAAACGCGGUCCUAACAUUUAUCAAAAAACACAUGCACCACUGUUGAGUCCGUGUACCAGAGUUUGAGAACCACUUUCUUAACAAACAAACCUCCUUUUUUGUUUCUGUCGAGGCAGAUUUUACAUUUACAUCUCAUCACGUUUAUAUUUUUAAGUUUUAAUUUUGUAUCUGUUUUUAUUUUUAAUCAAACUAUGAGAAAACCAACUCAAACUGUCGAUGGAAAAGUUAUUUAUUUGUAGGAUAAAAUGCUACUUAUUCAUAUGUUAAUAAAGGAUAAAGGUUGAAAGGUAAA